CAGCAUCGUUUGAUUCAGUUUGGAAUUAGCAUCGAACUCGCAAACAUCGCUCCCACUAAUCAGACAAGAUCGACCGCAACCAUGGACAAGUGGACCGGCAAAGUGGCACUGGUUACGGGAGCUAGUUCAGGGAUCGGAAGCGAUAUUGCCCAAGCUUUGGCUAACGCUGGUAUGGUAGUCGUCGGAUUGGCUAGGCGCGUGGAAUUGAUUGAAGAGUUAGCGGGCAAGGUAACCGGAAGUGGUAAGAUUUACGCGAGAAAGUGUGACGUUGCAAAUGAGUCGGAACUAUUGGAAACGUUCGGUUGGAUUCGAAAGGUACUCGGUGGAGUUGAUGUGCUGAUUUGCAACGCUGGUGUAUUCCGAUGUAAUUUUGUGACGCAAAGUGACUCGUCAGACUUCCGUGAUACUUUCAACGUGAAUGUUGUAGCGACUUGCAUCUGUAUCCGGGAAGCUGUUAAGGAUAUGAAGGAACGAGCCGUUCCUGGGCACAUCUUCAUUAUGAAUAGUCUUCUGGGGAAGCGAAUUCCUGACGUUUCAGUACCCAUGUUUGGAACGUACCCUGCUUCGAAAUUUGCCCUAAGUGGAUUGGCGGAAGUAGUUCGAAAGGAGCUAAUGUACUUCAAACUACCAAUUCGACUUACCAGUAUUCACCCCGGUAUGGUGCAAACCGAUCUGAUAAAGGUGUUCGAUUCUGCUUUGGCCCUACGUUUGCCGAAAUUGGAAGCUUGCGACGUUACGGCAAAUAUUUUGCAUUGCUUGAGAACACCGUUAGAUGUGCAUAUUGAGGAAUUGACAAUCAUGCCGGCAAUGGUUCCUAUGAUGUAACAAUCAAUCUUCGCACUUUUCACAUAUAUUUCGAUCGAAUGACAUUUGAACAAUAUAAUAUACAAACUUAUAUGAAACCGAUAUAAUAAACGAUUAAUAUGA